ACAGGGCCGCUCGGAGGCUACCGCGAUGCUCCCCUCCUUGCAGGAAUCGCUGGAUGGGGUUGAAAAGGACCUAGAGAGCAGCGAGGAGGGUGGCACCGCCGAGGAGCGGAGACUCGAGCCGCCACCCAGCAGCCACUACUGUCUCUACAGCUACUGCGGAAGCAGAUUGGCACAGCAACGAGGGGACAGUGAUGAUGGAAGCCCAAGUGGCACAAAUGCAGAAACUCCCUCUGGUGAUGAUUUCAGCCUCUCCUUGGCUGAUACUAAUCUGCCAUCUGAACUGGAGCCAGAGCUGCGCAGUUUCAUUGCUAAGCGUCUUUCAAAGGGAGCAGUCUUUGAAGGGCUGGGUAAUGUUGCAUCUGUGGAGCUAAGAAUUCCAGGUUACCAAGUUGGUUGUUAUUACUGCCUUUUCCAACAAGAAAAAUUGCUUCCAGAAACAGCAACAAUUGACUCAGAAUAUAACCCUUCAGAGUAUGUGGUCUGUUUUUUAGGAGGGUCUGAAAAAGGACUUGAACUUUUCAGGCUUGAAUUGGACAAGUAUAUUCAAGGGCUGAAAAAUAACAUGAACUGUGAGGAUUUCAUUUUUAUUGAUUUAAUUUCUCUAAAAUAUUUUGUAGGAAGCAAUCGGUUUUGUGAAGAUUGGAUGCAGGCUUUUUUGAAUGGUGCUGAAGGGGGUAACCCUUUUCUUUUCCGACAAGUACUGGAGAACUUUAAACUAAAGGCCAUACAAGACACAAACAAUUUGAAGAGAUUUAUCCGGCAGGCAGAAAUGAACCAUUAUGCUUUGUUUAAAUGUUACAUGUUCCUUAAGAACUGUGGUAGUGGAGAUAUACUUUUGAAGAUUGUUAAAGUGGAACAUGAAGAAAUGCCCGAAGCUAAAAAUGUGGUAGCUGUCCUUGAAGAAUUCAUGAAAGAAGCUCUUACCCAAAGUUUUUGAUCAUAUGUUUUGAGAUAAGUGUAUCAUGAGGUUGUAUAGUCAAGCCUUACCGUUCGAAGUUGCAGUUGUUAUAAUUGUUCAUAGGAUUACUAUUUGAGAUUAUUUGAAACUCAUUCCAGAUUCUUUUCUUCCUUUUGGUACUUUUAAAAUUUAA